AUGACCAAGAUUAACUUUCUCCCUACGUUGCAAGAUGCCUUUGAACCUUUAUUGCCCCAACAAGUUGAGAUUCUUCGCCAGCAGGUGCUGAGUGAAGGUGGCGAUUCCGCAUCGAUCCAAUCACGAUUCAACUAUGCCUGGGGACUGAUCAAGUCAGAAGAUGUCAGCGAUCAACGCCUGGGAGUCAAGCUCUUGACUGAUAUUUACAAGGAAUCGUCAGCCAGGAGGCGGGAGUGUCUGUACUACCUGGGGAUCGGAUGCUACAAGUUGGGGGAGUACUCCAUGGCCAAGAGAUAUGUCGAUACGCUCUAUGAACACGAACCCAACAACAAGCAAGCACAGGCCUUGAAAAGUAUGGUCGAGGAUAAGGUACAACGUGAGACUGUGAGAGGAUUAGCCAUGGCUACUGGUGUGAUCGCUGGUGCAGCCACCAUUGCAGCAAUAUUCUUCAGAGGCAGGAGAAAGUAA